UGGCUCACCAUCCUACGAUUGCCUUGUUUCUACUUUCUACUAUCUGCCACUCCAUUGUGCCUUGCCGCUAUCUUUGCAUAUUCACUCUCCUCCACGGCCGUCUAUCCUUCUCUUUCGUCCGAGUCUCACUACAUAGUUUUCUGCGUCCACACUCAUCAUGUCUCCACCGUCCGCGACUGAACCCCAGGCGCCCGAACAAAAACCCAGCACGGCUGUGCCCCUGGAGCCUGGCCUGAGCGAAAAACAGGCCAAGGGAAUGCAGCUCAAUUUCCCAGGACCACCCAAGUUCGAUGACCCACUCAAGGAGCGCGCAUACCUAAAGGGCCGCCUCGCUGCUGCAUUCCGCAUCUUUGGCAAAUAUGGCUUUGACGAGGGUGUGGCUGGCCACAUCACUUUGAGAGAUCCCGUAGACCCCACAACCUUCUGGGUCAAUCCAUUCGGAGUGGCUUUCAGUUUAAUGAAAGCGUCAGACCUGAUUCUUGUCGAUGCAAACGGCAAAGUCAUUGACGGAGGAGAGUGCCGUCUCCUGAAUACGGCGGCAUACAUGAUCCACCAUGCUGUCCACACGGCCCGCCCAGACGUCGUGGCCGCAGCACAUUCUCAUUCCAUCUACGGCCGUGCCUUUUGCGCACUUGGUCGCAAGCUCGAUACCAUAACACAGGAUUCUUGCGCCUUUCACGACGACCACGUGCUCUACGAGUCUUUCAACGGAGUCGUGCUUGCUGCCGAGGAGGGCAAAAACAUUGCCAAGUGCCUCGGCGACAAAAAGGCUGCCUUAUUGCAGAACCAUGGUUUGUUGACGGUUGGCCAGACUAUCGAGGAGGCCGUCUUCUGGUUCGUGAGCAUGGAAAAGUGCUGCCAGGCGCAGCUGAUGGCGGAUGCGGCGGCAGCGGGCCGAGGAAGCCAGACGGUCAAGAUCAACGACGAAGACGCUGUUUACACACACAAGACGGUCGGAACUCCACGGGCCGGUUGGUUUAGUGCAAAGCCAUUGUUUGAUGUCAUUCACAAAGAGACGAACGGAGAGUACUUGGAGUAAAGAAUACUUUGAUACAUACUGUAAGAUCCUCCCGGGUUGUAUUGCAUAGCAUUGACUUGAUUAAUUUGUCGAACUGCUCGUUGGAGAAGUUGUGCUACAAGAAGUAAUGUACCUGGAAGCUCUGUUUGUCUUCCCAUAUCUUCUCGCUUGCCUUGGUACCAGUACACCAUAUCUCUCUACGCUACAUAUCGAUAUAUCAGCCGCUACCACAGUCACUACCCAAAUCGCUACCCUCGCCGUCAGUCUUGUCCUCGUCCUCGAUGCCAGAAAUUCCGUUUUUCUACGUGUAUUCCUUCAACGGGUAGUUUUUUUCGUUUAUGAUUGGCGCACCAUCACCCUCACAAUCAGUGUCCUCGAUGACUUCGUCAAACUCGGGUGCCUCACCACCACAUUGUUUAAGACUAUCGUGCU